CAGUCGCGUUAUACUCAAAAUAGACUACAGUUCCCAGGAUGCCCGAGGGUGUUUGACUCAUGCGCAGAACCUGCUUCUAGUUCGUUCUUGUUGAGAAGAUGCGCAGGGUUAGCAGUCGUAUGUGUUAUGAUGAGGAUGUUGAGCCAGAGGAUCUGGAAACAGAAGGAGAAAGGCAGUUACAAAAUCUACUGAAGCACCAGCUAGACACAACAGUAUCACUUGAAGAAUGCAUGGCAAAGAAGAAAUGCUUUACUCCAAGUGCUGUAUACAAGCCUUUUGGAGAGCAAGCAGCAGGUGUGUUGAGCCUGUCACAAUUCCAGACUUUGCAGGAUGGAGAUGGGGAGAUUGCUGCACUGAGGGAUCUUGGACUUACUGACAGGGAAAUCCAACUCUGGCAAGAAAGGGAAUCUCUAGUUAAGUUCUCAGGAUUUGGAGCAGAUCCAGCAGCAGUGCAGCAGAGACUCCGUGCCAUUGAAGAAAAGAUUGAGGAGCGCCAACGACUUUUGUCAUUGCCGCAGAGAUUCGCGGGAAGUAAACAAUUGAAUAGGAGAGAGAUGGAGAUUGAAAAAGCCAUGUUUCAAGGAAGUGACCGACACACUUUUUUGAAAGCAUUAUAUUACCAAGAUGAACAAUUCAUAAAAGACCAGAGUGACCCAAUCAACCAAUUGGAAAUGAUGUUAUUAAAAUUCAAAAAUGAUUCUGCUGGAAUGGAAGAAAAUCCAAAAAACAGACCAGGAUCUUCCACAGAAAUACCUUCUACAGCAACUAGUGAAGGAGUUGGUUUUGGAGAAAUGACUAGUCUACUUCUACCAUCACAAAGUGAGCUCAAUGUCACUUCUCAGUAUGAAAAUCAGAGCACCAAAAGACUUUCUGUCAGUGUGCCUAUCAGAACCCUACCCAGCGCUGGCACCCAGUGUCCUCAAAAAAUUAUCCAGCAAGUGGAAGCUGUUUCUAUAGAAGAGAUCCGGAGGAACAAACUUUCUGAGGAGGAAAUCAGAAUGAUUCCCAGAUUUUCAAACUAUAAUCCUGGGCAACCAAACAGGGUUCUGUACUUGAAAAAUUUGAAUCCAAAAGCCACAUUGGAAGAUUUGUUUUCCUUAUUUGUUUCUUUCCAACAAAAGGAUGGCCCUCAGCUCCUUUUCCGGUUACUGACAGGUCGAAUGAAGGGACAAGCUUUCAUUACCUUCCCGAGUGUAGAGUUGGCAAUGGAAGCCCUGAACCUGGUGAAUGGUUACAAUCUGAUGGGCAAACCAAUUAUUAUUGAGUAUGGGCAGAAUCGAUCCCACCAGUGAACUGGACUUUCAGAGCUAUGGUCAAUGGAAGGAGCUUAAGCACAAAUGUUACUCAGUGCAAAUACAUUACAAAUUGGGAAGUGCCCUUGUGCGCCCCCUUCCCCCAAAGGAAACGUCAGACUUUCAUUUGUGCAAAGUAUUUUCUUUAGAGGCAUUGAAAAAUACCUUGCGUUAUCUGGAUAAUAAAAAUAACACAUGCAAGGGUAUGGUUUAACAAAAUCAUCUUUGGCCUUGCACUGAAUCCUGAUGUGGUACUGGGCCGUUUGGAACAUGGAGGUUCCAGCUUUAAUAUUUCAUGGUUAAGUUUCUCAGUUUGCUACAUUUAGAGUAUUACAGUUGAAUGAACUUUUUCUUUAAGAGUUGAGUACACAUCAAGAGCUUAUGUUGUUGCAGUUAAGUGGUUCCAGUUAAGACUGCUCAUAGUUGAAAAACCAAGCAACGUAAAUUUUCUUAAAUGAAAAAUGUACUUUUAUGCAAGGGACCAGUGGCAGAUAUAAAGAGGAAUCUGGGUAAAGUUACUGUUUCAGGAAAAGAGGAAUGAAAACUGGGGCAGUAUAUAUAAAAAAAAAACACACACCGUUUGUUCAGGAAAACAAAAAGUUUGUUCAUUCUCACGGUCUUUAAAUUGCAUUUUCACACCUUUUUAAUGAGUACUAACAUUUUGUUUUAAAGUUAUGGAUUUUUUUUUAAAAAAGUGAUAUUUUCUAAACAAUAAAUCUUGGGCAAAAAAAUUGUUGUUGAAAAUAAAUCCCAAUAAAAUGGAAAAGCUUUGUAUACAAAUGGUUAGCUCUAAUGAUCCUACAGAAAGCAGCCCCAGGAAUACAUAAAUAUAUUGGUGCUUUUUGCAACCAGGUUACUUGUAGUUUUUCAACUUUCUCAAACAUUUUUCACCCAAUCUGUAUGUUGUGAGUUUAUCCAGGAAAUCCAAUUUCAGCUAUUAUUGUAUCUCUACCCUCUUAAGAAAUCUUAACCGUAAACACAAAGUAAAACAAGUUCUGACUUGUGUACAAUGAUAAUAUCUUGUACAUUAUAUUUGCGAUUUUUGUAGACAGAAAUCCAAGCCAAACAGGGCAAAUAUUUUUGGUUACAACAUAGCAACAUUAGUACUACUACUUGCAAAGGCAAUACUAGCUCACUUUUAGAUAUAAUUUUAACUUAUAAUGUAAUUGAGCCAUGUCUAACAUUGAGAUAGUUAUUUGAUAUUCCGCUUUGGGAUUAAAAUUAAAUCAACAAGUCUUGUUUUUCAGGUCACUAUGUGCCUUUCGGUCAGUCAAAAACUGUGAUCCAAAGAAAUAACAUACUGAUUCCUCUAAAUUCAACUGUGGAUUGGACUUCAGUUACAGUUAAGGAAUUGCGAUACAAAGUGUUUACAUAAAAAUACUGAAGUAAUCUUCUUUUCCUGAGAUUUGUAUUUAUUGCCCAUACAUCUCUGGAGACAUACCUUUGAUUCUUAAGGAUUCUGUAUUAAUGGUAUUAUUCAGAACUUCUGCAAGUGGAAAAAAAUGUUUUGCUGUAGUCACUUCAAAUAUGCUGGCUGGUGGCAUAGUGGCAUCAGUGCCGGACUUUGGAGCGAAGGCUCCCAAGUUCAAAUCCAGCCGGUUCCUUUGCACGCUUUCCAUCCGUGCUGGGUUGAGCGUCGAGCUAGCAACUUGGCCUCAUAAAAAUAAGAAAGCCUGCUAAAAAAAAGCACCAUCAUGACGGUGUCCCGAUGACUCCACCCAGAGUUAUGGGCUUUCUUCUUUCUUCUUCACUUCAAAUGAUGUCAUCUGUUGGUCAAUCUUUGUGGUUGUUGGGUAAAAAUGAAUGAUUAACCUCCCAACCUCGCCUUCACCCCCAAAUGAAGUUUGUAUGUGAGUUAUUUAUGCAGGAUACAAAACAUAAAUUGGGAUUCUUAGAAAAUAAUGAACUAAUACUUUGAAAGUCGCUGGAAACAUUGUCUUCAGUUUUUGGUCAGUUCUAUUAUUCAGAGGUAAUUGCCACAAGACCAUAAAAUACAUUAUUCAGAGGUAGUAAUGGAUAUGAAUCCCAGGUUUUGGCCUGUCUUAAUCUUAAUACUGCUCUUGACAGAAAUGGUAAUUUCCUCCCACCCGACAUCCUUUUGUAAGGGUAAUUACAACAGUACAACUGUUUUAAAAUACAGUAAUUUAAAGUAAGUCUAGCAGGUCCAAAAUACUUGUUACUUUGCAUUGAAGUUCUUGAGCUUUUAAUUAUUAGUAAUGAGGCAGCACAGGAGUUUUGUCCUAUUCAAAUAUUCCACUGAUUCACAUUCAAACUGUGUUGUAAAUUGUGGCAGGAGGUACGGCAAAAAAAUAGGAGGGAAAAAAGUUACGUUCGAUGUAAAAAUUCCAUACUGUAAGCAUUGUAUAUAUUGCAUGGUAAAUAAAUUCAUGGCUGUUAUUUGACUUUAGAAAUCAAUUACAAUUUCUAAAAUCAUUAUGUGCCAUUUGAUUGUAGAUUCACCCUGUGUCUUGUAGUUAAUAGAUACUUAUUCACAAGUGUGAAAUAGUUUUUGACUAAAAUUAACCCUUUUCCACUACGCCAUCUGUACUUCCUCCUGAGAUAGUAAAUAACUAGUUAUUCUUUGAAUCCUGUAAACAGUAUUCCAUUCAAAAUCAGUUGUAUUUCUAUAAGUAACAUUCACGUCUAUGGAAUUCUUAAGACUUACCGAAUAACAGAUGAUGAUGUUGUAUUUCUGGAUAAUACAUAUAGUCUACUGGCUGAGCUCAGUCUUGCCGGGGUUUUCAGUAUUAUACUGUGGAAAUUAUUACUCAGUUUUAUACUAUUUGUUAACACUGUUGGAAUUGAUGUCGAUAUUUAAAAUGUUACAGAUAUUCAUGCUAUUAAAUGUGUUACAGCUUUGCCAUUAGAUGAAACUUCAUUCCCUUCUUUGCUUUCUGUCAAUUAUCGACUGUGGGAGUGGAGAUCACUGCUGUAAUUAAUGUAGUUACGCUAUUGCUCCUUGGCCUGGGCAUUGAGAAGUAACAAGAUUGGGGCGUUCCCAUUCAGCCCACAUACAGUAAGUGCAGGCAUGGUGCAAAACUCAUCAGUGGGUCAAUUCAUUGAUUUAGAUAAGAAACAAAAUUAGUUCUGAACAUUCUAUAAAUGCUAGUCUCUCAAGUGUAAGGGCAAGUCCUUAGAAUGGUGAGUUCUAACUAAAUCUCAUGGAUUUUCAUUAAAAUUAAGUGGAUGAAAAUCAAAACUGCUAAUACUGGAAAUAUGAAAUAAUAAAAACCAGUGUUAAAACCCUCAGUAGUUAGCAGCAUUUGUGAAAAGAAAAGCCUGAAACAUUAACUUUUCACAGAUAAUGUGUGAACUGCUGUUUCCAGCAUUUUGUCCCUUUUAUUAUUCUGUAGUAUUGAUGAGAUUGGUCUAUCCAACGAAUAUAAGUAACAGCCAAGCGAUUCGAAUUUUGAGCAAAAAGUUGAGAAAUAGAGCACCAACAGUUAAUUUUUCAUUAAACAUUAACCAGUGCGUUUUACCUUCUCCAUGCAAGUUACCAAGUUUCAAAUGACGCUACUGUCACACAAUUGUAUGAACACAAACAUGAAUUAGAAGCAAGAAAAGGUCAUUCGUUUCUGUGCGUCUGCUCUAGAUUA